AAUAUCAAACAUAAACCUCAAAAAUCAACAAUGGCCUUAAACCCUAACCCCCAAUUUCACCUUUUCCCCCAAUUAUCAACCAACAACAAUUCAAUCAUUCAUUUCAUUCAUCACCCUGUAUCCAUCUCAAAAUUCAAUCUCACUUUCACCCCAAAACGUCAAAUUCCACUUGCAGCUUCUAACAAUUCCAAUUCAACCUCCAAAAACGAUAAAAACCCUCAAAAAAUCCCCAAAUCAAGAACAAAAUCACCCACCAAAAACAGCCAAAAUUCGCAAAGUUCAAAACCUGAUGAUGAAAAACCAUUUCCAACAACAAUUCCCAAAAAACCCAGACGCGGAAGGAGAAGUGAAGCAGCUGCAGUGGAAGAUUUCAUGAGGAGUUCAUUAGAGGAGACGUUUUCGGCGAUUCGAGAGCAGAAUUCGGGUGUUUUGGAUGGUGUGGAGGGUAUGAUUAAGGAUAGAGUUGAUGAGGAGGUUGAAGAUGAGGGGGAUGGUGAGGGGGAUAAGGAGAAGGGGAUGGUGGUGGAAGAAGAGGACCCGAAUUGGCCGGUGGAUGCGGAAGUCGGGUGGGGGAUUCGGGCUUCGGAGUAUUUCGAAAAGCAUCCGAUAAAGAAUGUGGUUGGGGAAGAUGGGGUUGAGAUUGAUUGGGAAGGGGAGUUGGAUGAUUGUUUGGUGAAGGAGAUUAAUUGUUUGGAGUGGGAGAGUUUUGCGUUUCAUCCGAGUCCGUUGAUUGUAUUGGUUUUUGAACGAUACAACCGGGCAAGUGAAAAUUGGAGGGCCUUAAAGGAGUUAGAGAAGGCUGCUAAGGUGUAUUGGAGUGCAAAAGAUCGGCUGCCGCCUCGGACGGUAAAGCUCGACAUGAACCUCGAGACAGACCUCGCGUACGCUCUCAAGGUUCGCGAAUGCCCACAAAUUCUGUUUUUACGAGGAAACAGAAUCAUUUACCGGGAAACACAGUCGCGAACAGCCGACGAGUUGGUGCAGCUAAUAGCACAUUUUUACUAUAAAGCCAAAAAACCUUCAUGGAUGAAAGAUCAAAAACUGUAUACAUAGUUUACACUGUAAAACGUCCGGAUUAAUUAUUUUAUUUAUUUAUAUAAUUUCAUGUAUUAAUACAAUUAGUACAAUGAUUACAAAACCUGCGAUUUCCGAUUAAUCGGAAAACUUCCCUUUC